UGGAAUAAAAAAGGGCCUGUAAAUGAAGAGACACAUACGAUAGGCUAGGGUUCCCAUAAAUACGAUCUCAAAUUCCCUCUUUUCUCUGCCAUUGCCUUGCCCAUUUCCCUUAAGAAAUUACCUUCAAAAAUAAAAGUUACUACCGAAUCUAUACUUUUCAUUCCUCCGCAACCUACUUACCAUUCCCCAGUGACAUGCCCUUCUUCAUCUCCGAGGAGGAGCUGUCGCGGCUCUCCAACGAUGCCGUUACGGUGGCGGAGAAGGCGGACGCCUACAUAAGGGAUAUGUACGGAGAGCUGGAGAUGGCGAAGGCCAAGGCUGAUGCCGCCGCCAUCACAGCCGAGCAAACCUGCUCUCUUCUGGAGCAGAAGUUCCUCUCCAUCUCUGGACAGUUGUCGGACUUACAGUCUCAGAACGCACAUCUUCAAUCUUCUCUCGAUGAGAGGAUCGCCGACCUCGCCCAGGCUCAGGCCCAGAAACACCAGCUCAACCUCCAAACCAUUGGAAAAGACGGGGAGAUUGAGAGGUUGACAACGGAGGUUUCAGAGCUACAUAAGUCGAAGAGACAGUUGCUAGAAAUGAUUGAGCAGAAAGAUUUAGAGAUUGCUGACAAGAACGCUGCUAUUAAGACCUAUCUUGAUAAAAUUGUUAACUUGACUGACAAUGCUGCCCACAAGGAAGCUCGAUUAAGUGAAACCGAGACUGAGUUGGUGCGAGUACAGGCUACUUGCACACGCCUUUCACAGGAAAAGGAGCUUAUUGAGAGGCACAAUGCUUGGCUUAACGAGGAGUUGAAUGCCAAAGUUAACAAUCUUAUUGAGAUUCGUAGAACACAGGCUGAACUUGAAGCUGAUAUGUCUGCUAAGCUUGCUGAUGUUGAGAGGCAAUAUAAUGAAUGCUCCAGCUCCUUAAAUUGGCACAAGGAAAGAAUGAGGGAACUAGAAACUAAGCUGACAUCUCUACAGGAGGAAUUGUGCACGUCAAAAGAGGCUGCUACAUCCAAUGAAGAGAGAUUUUCUGCUGAACUAUCCAUUGCAAAUAAGCUUGUUGAGUUACAUAAAGAAAGUUCAGAGGAAUGGUCCAAAAAGGCUGGGGAGCUUGAGGGAGCUAUAAAAGCUUUAGAAAUGCACCUCGGUCAAGUUGAAGAUGAUUACAAAGAUAGACUUGACAAGGAAGUAUCUGCUAAGAAACAAUUUGAGAGGGAGACAGAAGAUUUGAAAGAGGAACUUGAGAAGUGCAAAGCUGAAAUUGAAGCUGGUAGGAAAGCGAACGAGUUGAAUCAACUUCCACUUGGCAAUUUUACAACAGAAAUAUGGAUUAAUGCAAGUGAUGCUAAUGACGUGGUUGAGGAUGAUCGCGCACUUGUCCCAAAGAUCCCUGUUGGGGUUUCAGGAACAGCACUAGCUGCUUCUCUUCUCCGUGAUGGUUGGAGUCUGACCAAAAUGUAUGCCAAAUACCAAGAGGCUGUUGAUGCUCUUCGACAUGAGCGAUUGGGUAGGAAGGAAUCUGAAUCAAUAUUGCAACGGGUGCUACAUGAAAUAGAAGAGAAAGCAGUAGUCAUUAUGGAUGAAAGAGCGGAAUAUGAGAGAAUGCUUGAGGCAUACUCUGUAGUCAACCAGAAAUUGCAAAAUUUUACUUCAGAACGCUCAAAUUUAGAGAAGAUAAUACAGGAAUUAAAGGUUGAUUUGAGGAGGCAUGAACGAGACAAUCAUCUGGCUCAUAAGGAAAUUACUGAUCUUCAAAAGCAGGUGACGGUUCUUCUUAAGGAAUGCCGUGACAUACAACUACGUUGUGGACCUAUCGGACAUGAUUUUUCUGGUGAUGAUGCAACCGUUGCUGCUGCUGAUAUGAGUGUGGAGCCUAAUGUUGACAAAGUUAUUUCAGAAUUGACAUUUAAGGAUAUAAAUGGAUUAGUUGAGCAGAAUGUUCAACUUAGGAGCCUUGUGCGUGAUCUCUGUGACCAGAUCGAAAAUAAAGAGAUGGAGUUCAAGGAAAAGUUGGAAAUGGAGCUCAAAAAACAAACUGAUGAAGCUGCAUCUAAAGUUGCGGCAGUGUUACAAAGAGCUGAAGAGCAGGGGUGCAUGAUUGAAUCACUGCAUACCUCUGUUGCGAUGUACAAAAAGUUAUAUGAGGAGGAACAUAAGCUUCAUCUGUCUUAUUCCCCUGCAACAGAAGCAGCUCCAGUUUGUGGAAGGAAGGAUCUCUUGCUUCUUCUUGAAGGUUCCCAGGAAGCUAGUAAGAAAGAGCAAGAAAAAGCUGCUGAACGUUUAAGAUGCCUUGAAGAGGAUCUAGCUAAGGCCAGGGCUGAGAUUAUAUCUUUACGGUCGGAGCGUGACAAGUUGACUCUUGAAGCGAAUUUUGCAAGAGAGAAACUGGAAAGUGUCAUGAAAGAAGCUGAGCGUGAGAGGGAUGAAAUCCAUGGUGUUCUGGCGAGAAAUGUGGAGUUCUCACAAUUAAUUGUUGACUACCAAAGGAAGCUACGUGAAAGUUUUGAAUCUUUAAAUGCUGCUCAGGAGCAUUCUCGGAAAUUGACAAUGGAGGUGUCUGUAUUGAAACAUGAAAAAGAGAUGCUAGCAAAUGCUGAAAAGAGAGCAUGUGAUGAAGUUCGCAGCUUGUCAGAGAGAGUUCAUCGACUGCAGGCUAGCUUGGAUACUAUCCAGAGUGCAGAGGAAGUUCGUGAGGAAACAAGAGCUUUGGAGAGAAGAAGGCAAGAAGAGUAUAUUAAACAAAUAGAGAAAGAAUGGGCUGAAGCUAAGAAACAGGUGCAAGAAGAGAGGGAUAAUGUUCGUACUCUCAUGUCUGACCGUGAGCAGACUCUGAAAAAUGCCAUGAAACAAGUUGAAGAAAUAGGAAAAGAAUUAGCUAAUGCUUUGCAUGCUUGUGCUGCUGCUGAGGCGAGGGCUGCUGUUUCUGAGGCCAGACUCUCUGAUCUGGAGAAAAAUCUUAAAUCUUCUGAUGCUAAGAUUUUGGCAAUAGAUGGUGUUACUGGACCAUCCUCUAUUUCAACAAAUGAGGUUGCAGAAUUGCCGAUGGCAAAGGAAGAGAUGGAGAAACUAAAGGACGAAGUAAAAGCUAACCAGGAUCACAUGCUACAGUAUAAGAACAUAGCACAAGUGAAUGAAGCUGCAUUGAAGCAAAUGGAGCUUGCACAUGAAAAUUUCAAGAUUGAGGCUGAAAAGUUGAAGAAAUCUUUAGAAGCUGAGCUUGGUUCACUUAGAGAGAGGGUUUCUGAACUUGAGAAUGAAUCUUCUUUGAAAUCAGAGGAAGUUGCCUCUGCAACUGCAGGAAAGGAACAGGCUCUUUCAUCUGCAUUAGCAGAAAUUACAAGUUUAAAGGAGGAAGCCGCAGUUAAAAGUUCUCAAAUUGUGGCAUUGGAGAUUCAAAUUUCUUAUCUGAAAGAAAACCUGGAGAAGGAGCAUGAAAAGUGGCAUGCAGCUCAAACCAAUUAUGAAAGACAGGUUAUUCUACAAUCAGAGACCAUUCAGGAGUUGACUAAAACAUCACAAGAAUUGGCUUUAAUGAAGGGGGAGGCAUCUGAGUUGCGUAAAUUGGCAGAUGCACAUAAAAGUGAAAAUGCUGAACUUAAGGCCAAGUGGGAGAUGGAGAAAUCAAUCCUUGAGGAAUCAAGGAAAGAAGCUGAGAAGAAGUAUGAUGAACUUAAUGAACAGAACAAAAUAUUGCACAGUCGGCUUGAAGCUUUGCACAUUCAGUUGGCUGAGAAAGAUCGUGGUUCCGUACUUUCUGGUGGAAAUGUUUUUCCAGAUCCACUUGGUGAUUCUGGUUUGCAGAAUGUCGUUAAUUACCUCCGACGGACGAAAGAAAUAGCAGAAACGGAGAUUUCUUUAUUGAAGCAGGAGAAGUUACGAUUGCAAUCACAACUUGAGAAUGCUCUUAAGGCAGCAGAAGCUGCCCAAGCCACACUUAAUGCUGAGCGUUCCAAUUCAAGAGCAGUAUUGAUGACAGAGGAAGAGAUCAAGUCUUUACAACACCAGAUUAGGGAAAUGAAUUUACUCCGUGAAAGCAACAUGCAGCUUAGAGAGGAGAACAAGCACAAUUUUGAGGAAUGCCAGAAAUUACGGGAGGUAGCUCAAAAGAAUAGGACUGAAUCUGAAACUCUAGACAGUCAGCUGAUGGAGAGACAUAUUGAGCUUGAAGCUUCUAAAAAAGAAAUUGAAAUGCAUCUGACAGAAAGAGAUCUCUUGGAAAAGAGGGUCUCUGAGUUACUUGAGAGAUGCAGAAACAUUGACGUGGAAGACUAUGAUCGUCUGAAAAAUGAUGUUCAACAGAAGGAGGAAAAGUUGAAAGAGAAGGAUGCUCAGAUAGAGGAGAUCACAAACCUUCUGUCUAAGAAGCAGGAUAUAAUAUCGAAAUUGGAACGAGAUCUUGCAAACAGCAAGAUGGAUCUUAAUGACAAGGAUAAAAAGUUAAAUGAUAUUUUGCAGUUAGAGGCUAAUCUAAAGUUGGACUUGGAGAAGCAGAAGAAGCUUGUCCUUCAAUUAAAGAGGAGAGCUGAGAAUUUGGCAAAAGAAAAGGAGCAAAUGGGCAAAGAAAAUCAAGCACUUUCAAAACUGGUGGAGGAAUUGAAACAAGGUCGAAGGUCCAGCAGUGAUAUUACUGGUGAGCAAGUCAUGAAGGAAAAAGAGGAGAAAGACACUAGAAUACAGAUUCUGGAGAAAACUGUUGAGAGGCAAAGAGAAGAGCUGAAAAAAGAAAGGGAUGAACACCAGAAUGAGAAAGCAAAGCGUAUAAAGUGUGAACGGACUAUUAUGGAAGCUGUCAGGAAAACUGAAAAGGGAAAAGCAACCGUUUUAAGCGAGCUUGAGAACUAUCAGCAGGCAUUGAAGCGCAUCUCAGAAGAACUAGAAAAGCUCAAGCAUGCUGAAGGCAAUCUUCCUGAGGGUACCUCAGUGAUUCAGCUUCUUUCUGGUACCAUCUCUGAUGAUCAUGCUUCUCCAUAUUUAUCUGCUGCAGAGGAUUUCGAAAGAGUUGCACGUUCGAUUCUGAAUGAGCUUGGAACUGGCUCCAUCCCUGGAGAUGUCCCUUCAGUUGACACUUCACCCACCUUUACAGGCACAGCAGUUUCGGAUCAGGGCCCUGUUGUUGCAUCCUCAACUGCUCCUGCAACAAGUCACCAACAACCAGCUAAAGCAUCAGAAGAGAGGAGAUCUAUUUUACCUAAAACCAAUAUUGAAACACGCAAAACAGGGAGGAAGCUUGUCCGCCCACGUUUUGUCAAAGCUGAAGAGCCACAAGGUGACGUGGAGAUGUCAGAAACUACAUCUCAUGAUGCUGAUGCUCAAGGAACUCUCACUCAACAAAAUCAACAACAAUCAGUUCGCAAACGUCUGGCUUCUGUUACUUCUGAAUUGUGUGAGGAUAUACCAGUUCCUGGGGAGACGAGCACUGAUGUGGCUGUACCUGUUCUAAAAAAAUCCAAGGGUUCAGAUUCUGCACAAGAGGCGGCUGAAGGUCAAGCUGCUGCUCUUUCAGAAAAUCUUGCUUGUCCACAAGUAACUGAAGAACCUUAUGAUACUGUUGGUGAUGUGACUCAAGGUUCAAAUGAGGAGGUUGUUGACGUGAAGGAAGAGGCAGACACAAUGGAGGAAAAUUUUGAAGAAUCAAAAGAACCCCAAGUAGAUAGCACAAAUGAAAUUGGAAUGCAGGAAAAUAAAAACAAUAUGUUGGAUGAGAUCUUGGAUAAGGCAGGUGGAAACGAGAUGGUAGUUGAUGAUGAAUCAAAGAAUUCAGCUGAGCAAGACAGCCAAAAGCCCAUUCUAGAAACUGAGAGUGAGAGGGAAGAAGGAGAAGUGGUCCCUGAGGUAGCAGCAGAUGUUGAAGGAGGUGCCAAUGUGCACAAUGUGGUGGGAUGCUCUGAGAUUGGGGAUGGUCAGACAGAACUAGUUCCGUCUCCUGUGGCUUCACCUUCUAGGGUUGAUGAUGAAGCUCUAGUUACAGCAGCAAUAGAAGGCGAUAACUCUUCUGACGUUGUAAAUGAUGAGAAGAAUGAUGAAGGUGAUUUAGUUGAAGAGCUUGUUGCGGAAGGAUUUGACAAGUCAAAUGAUGUGGAGACGGAUACAUUGCCUGAAGCUGCCACUGGUACUAAUGAAACUGCUUCAACAAGUGUUCCACCAGAUGCGGAGGUCUCAAAACACAUUGGUAGUUCAAGCGCUGCACCAGAAGCUGAGGAUGUAAAACAGACGUCUCCUGUAAGUGGAACCUCAACGGUGGUAAAUCUACAAGAGCGAGCUAGGGAAAGAGCCAUACUGAGGCAGGCAGGAGUGCUUGCUUCUUCAACUAGAGGUCGUGGAAGGCCAGCAAUACGUGCUCGAGGUGCCCGGGGACGCAAUGGGCGUGGACGAGGAGGACAAAGUUCAGAAAAACAGUGAGCAACUUUUUAAAAGAAAAUCUUUAUAUAUAUAUAUAUAUAUAUAUAUAUUAACGUCACAGCUUGUUUCUGACAUGAGAUUUUUUUGAGAUUUUAUUAAUUUGUUUUACUUGAUUCGAAAAUUUUUAAUUUGACAAAGUAACUGACGCUUGGUUAGAUUAAUUACAUUUAU